GGAUUCCUUUAUUGGACUGCAAGCUAGCAUGGGAUUCUUCACAGUAUAGAAAACUAAAUGCAGUUGGUUGUUGAGAGGUGGUGAAGGAAUUUGCGUCUGUUUCUGCAUUGUUUAUGUUCAGCUGGGUAUUGUUUAUGCUUGAAAUGUUACUAUAAUUACCUGAGAACACUUCGGAAAGGAGGGAUUUCUUUCAGGGCAUAUCAUGUGACUGCUUUUUAUUGAUCUCCAAAUAAAUAUUGGCAGUUAUUGAGACCAGCCAUGAAGAUAAAGGAAAGGCUUUGCUUGCAGCUCUGGGUUAAGCUAGAGGAAUAGCUACCAUAUAUAUAUAUAUAUCUAUUCUAGUGAUCUCUAGUACUGUAGGAGAUUUUUGUUUUCCUUUUGUCAUUGUAUGGAGUUUAGGUUGCUAGAAUUCAACAAGGUGGAUGAGUGCUGCAGGCAGUAACUAAAUUUGAGUUUUUUUUUCUUUUUUUUGGUUUUCUCUGUGUGGAAAGAGAAGUCUCUCUAGCUUGAAAGAAUGCUUGCUCUGGAAAGAGGACUUUUCAUGAGGUUAGCAAGUUUUCUGAUUCUUAUUCUUCUUGCUCCAUUGGUGGAUUCAUCUCGACACCUUCAUAAACCAAUUCAAAGCCACAAGACCCGCCAACAUGAACCACUGAAGCUGACUCCAAAACUUUCAUUACAAAUCAAACUCCAUGCAUUCCUCCUCUGGGCUUCCAUUGGUUUCUUGAUGCCUGUUGGGAUAAUCAUAAUUAGGAUGUCCAACAGAGUCAAAUGUGGAAAAAGGCUCAAUGUUCUCUUCUACUCCCAUGUCAUUGUGCAGAUGACAGCUGUGCUGCUUGCCACUGCCGGGGCAGUUCUCUCCAUAGUGAACUUUGAGAAUUUCUUCAACAAUACUCAUCAGAGGGCAGGGUUGGUAGUCUAUGUGUUGAUAUGGAUUCAACCUUUGAUUGGCUUUCUCAGGCCUCACAGAGGAGUGAAAGCAAGGAGCAUAUGGUACUUUGUGCAUUGGCUACUUGGAACUGGAAUUCCUAUCUUGGGGAUCAUAAAUAUUUACAUUGGUCUGCACACCUACCAAGAGAGGACCUCCAGAAGUGUAAGGUUGUGGACUGUUCUCUUCACUGCAGAGGUUGUGAUCAUUGCUUUCAUCUAUCUUUUCCAAGACAGGUGGGAUUAUAUGAUGAAGCAGGGAGUGAGCCUAGGUGAAGAGCAGGUCAGACCCACUGAUCAUUUAACAUCUCCAAGUACUAGUCAAAAGGAGUUGGCAUCAAUAUCUUAGUGGAGAGCCAAGAUUCCAUGGGAGUAGAAUUGGCUCAAACUCUUCUGUCCUUCCAUCAGUGCAUUCUUUUACCAAGUUCCAAUAGUGAGUAUUUUGGAAACCAUAAUGAUGGAAUGGAAGCAUUGGAAUGAGAAAAGGAGAACAUAUUUUGGAAAUAUAGUGAGGGCUUUGUCGUUAGAAAAUGUCUGAGAUGCAGUCAGCUGCUCCGAGUUGGGAUCCAUUGUGUAAUAUAAAUUUAAGCAUCUGUGUAUACUGAUCAAAACAGGAUUAAUUUCAACUUCCAAGUCAGUCAUCUUCAUUUUUGUAA